CAAUUCACAGGCCCGUGGAUGCGGUGGAAUUUCGGCGUCACACAGGUUUAAAGAUCUCAGGCACUGUUCUCCUUUGUUCCAGUGUCAGUGUUCUUGGGAUGUCAACAUCUCUAGGCUUCUGUCUUUUUCACCAGGUCUUGCGAGUGUCUUAAAUGGGCUCUGGAAGCGAAAAAUUUGCACACGCGGACACGCCAGUUUGGACUCUUGCGCAUGUGCAGUGACCCCAAGGCGCCGAGGGCAAACCCUGAAUCUAGACCUGCCGGUGUAGUGCUCUCUCGGAGCGGUGUCCCUGCUUGGCAUCUUCAGAAUGUCUGCACCGUUUGAGGAGCGCAGCGGGGUGGUUCCCUGCGGGACUCCGUGGGGACAGUGGUACCAGACCCUGGAGGAGGUGUUCAUUGAAGUCCAGGUGCCUCCGGGCACUCGCGCGCAGGACAUCCAGUGCGGCCUGCAGAGUCGGCACGUGGCUCUGGCCGUGGGUGGCCGCGAGAUCCUCAAGGGCAAAUUAUUUGAUUCUACAAUUGCCGAUGAAGGAACAUGGACUUUGGAGGAUAGAAAAAUGGUCCGCAUUGUCCUGACAAAGACCAAAAGAGAUGCCGCAAACUGUUGGACUUCUCUUCUAGAAUCUGAAUAUGCAGCUGACCCCUGGGUGCAAGACCAAAUGCAGAGAAAACUUACAUUAGAGCGAUUCCAGAAAGAAAAUCCUGGUUUUGACUUUAGUGGAGCAGAAAUCUCAGGGAACUACACAAAGGGUGGACCAGAUUUCUCAAACCUUGAGAAAUGACUGCUAUUGUUUAGUUUUUCUCUGUCUUGUGGAUCCUGGCAGGUGCUGGCAACUUAAUGCAGUUGAUGAUGUGAAGGACGAAACAUCUGAUGUCUACAGUUAAAAGAUUGCAAAGUCUAUUUCAAUAUGGUUGUAAAAGAUAUGGCUUGCAUAGGAGAUAUAGCAGCUUUUCUGUGGAUAGAUGGUAACUUUUAUUGCUCUGCAUUAAGUUUUAUAUGCUACACUUUCCUAAUUUCAUAUUUAAUUGUAUUUUUAAUACAAAAACAUUGGAGUACAAAUCAUAUGAAAUGAAAAGGUGCCUUCAUGGAAAAAUAUUUUGUGUGUGUGUGUGUGAGAUGCAAAAAUAAUGUUGAGUAAAUUUCUGAGUAAGAAUUGCAUACCCUUUGUCUAUAUAUGCUCAUGUUCAUAGAAAGGACAGACCUGGAAAAUGUUUAAGAAAGGAAAAAAGUACACUGAAGUACUUUGGAUAACUUGAGUGAAUGAAAAAUUCUAACUGGCUUGGUGCUGCCUAAGUGAUUAUGUCAAGAACCUGAAAAAUGAUAUAAAACCUUAACAGAAGUGUUAAUUGCCUCUUACUAUCAGAAAACAAUUUAGGCCCCUGAGUAUAAGUCACUGGCUUCAUUUAAUUUUAAUGGUUCAGACAAGGUAGUCUAGAAAAAAAUUCUUCCAUCUUUGUGUUUUUUAAUUCCUAAAAAAAAAAAAAAAAAAAAAAAAAAAAAAAAAAAAAAAAAAUGAAACAUGUAAAAAGCUUAUGAGUAAAACAUUAACAUUGAAAAUGUUACACUUUUUCUAAUAAAUUGACAUGUUGUCACCUCAA